AAUGUGUGUAUAAUCACGUGUCCGAAUGGCGGGAAACCCUUCCGAAUCACUAUGACAUAACAAGCCAACGCUUGCGUUAUCAGCCGAUAACGUCACGCCGGCCGGCUAAAAAUAUCCACCGAGUUCCCGCUCAAAUGCCGCCAACUUGUACUAGGGCAAGGUAAACUCAAAACUAUCCCCUUUUCUUACUUCACCUGUGUCGCAAGACACAAAAAGCGUCCUUGGAUUCCAUUGUUUGCGCGCCAAGUGGAAGUGGCUGCCAAAAUCGGCGAUUCGGCGCGUCGGAGCGCGGGAAACCGAGCGUCAGUCAGUUGCUAGCGAGAGGCAAACGCGCGCGCACGGCACAGUCACGCCGCGCUUUUAGGUUAGAAUUGGCGCGCGCCAGGUGUUAUCUCUCCCCCGCUCUAACUCACGCGCUCCCCAACCUCCCUUUCUACCUGAGAACAGCUGUUUUCUCUCGGGAGAUUAUUAGUCAGAUGUUCGCGAACCAGUCCUGAUCACCUGACGCUUGCUAUGGCCGCGGGAGGACGGACGCCGAAACAGAGGAGAUUCGAAGUGUCUUCAGGAAUGGCGCCUUUGAGGAACGUCGCGAAUACACCAAGGAGACGUCGUGGGAGUUGCAAAUGCCUUUUUGGCGCGCCGGACAGGGAUGAAACAAGACGUUUAAUGGCGGAGCAGUAUUCGAGAGAAAGGAAGCGGUUUAUAAGAAGAUUCAACUUUGAUAUUGAGACGGAGUGUGUUUACAAAGCGUCUAAAAUGGACUCGCCAGUGAAGUUUUUGGAGGAGGAUAGUACGAAGUCUCCGAGGUCAGCGACGGAGGCGCUAGCGAGCGUAGGGAACACGGAACUGAGGAUGUUGUCGAGCCCACGGCGGGGCAGCGGCCCCAAUUCGCCGCGAACGCCACGUACGCCACGCACGCCACGAGCGGCGCGUACGCCGCGAACGCCACGCACGCCGGCGUCGAGAAGACAACUGCAGAUGACAGAUUAUUGGACUUUAAGAAAACGCACAGAGUCGGCGUCAAGCGAUAAAGAAAAUUAGAAACUUAAGUACUAAAACUAUAUAAUAUGUAAUUAUAAACAACUUGCUGUUCAUAAUAGCAUGUUUUAAAUUAUGUGUGAAAUGAAUUUAUUAUGUAUUUAUAUACCUAGCUGUAAUAUUAGGUAGUGUAAGUUUUCUUAAAUUAUACCUAACUGGCCAUUUGGUUAUUUUUUAACUCAAGAAAUCAAUUUUAACUGGUUUUUUUAACAUUUUAUUUAAUAAAAUCUAGAUAGCUACUUGAAGAAAUACAAGCACCACUUUUUUAUUUGCCUGUAUUUCAGAAUAAUGAGUUUCAGUUAUGAACUAAGGUUUUUAUAUGUAUUUCCAUUUUCAUGAAACAGUAAGUUUAGAGUUUUAUUAGUUUAGCCACUCACAUGAUUGAUAUUUUUCAGCAUAAUAAAAUAAAGGUGACAGCUGGUAGCUACAGUUACCAAAAGCAUGUGAGUGUAUAAAUCUGUAAUAUAAUUGCGGAACUUUAGUUAUUUUGCUGACGAAAUAUAAUUCACACCGAUCUCUCGAACAACUUGUACGUCGAAUCGGUGCACAUUUAAUUUCGUCAACUACAUAGUUAUAACACCAUGUACUUUGACAUUGUUUAUUUUUUAGAUAGUUGUUGAAAUCAAAUUCUGUUAGUGAUGAUUAAAAUCUUUGUUGUGAGGUGUUUUCGCAGAAAAUAAUAUCAUUUACUUGUUUGAGAAUUUAAAAGUUUUGUAUUUUUCUUUUCAGAAAUUGGUUCUGCCACAUAAAAGAAUCAGAAAUUGGUCCCCAAAGGGACAUAAAGGGGUUCCCAAAUUCCAUUAAAUGUUUUCAUUUUUGUAACAAUCCAAAUCGCAUAAGAAUGGAGACAUUAUCAAUAAAUGUGAAAAAAAAAACCAAACAAACUUUCUAAAUUAUGAAAAAUAUAAAUGUAUUAUUUUCUUCAGAAAACGCCAUUUUGCAUGUCAAACAAUGCG